AUGUUCGGAACUCUGUGCCAAGACAAGUGUUUGAUUGGUGUCACCCUUUGCUUUACGUUUAAUUUGGCUGUCGCCCAAGUCAACGACCGAGAUCUAACUGACCCUAGAGCCCAAAAUGUCACGAUGCACAAUAUUACGGCACCAUUUCAAGAUGCGCUGCCGAUUCAUAAUGGAUCUGGAGAAUUCAAGCUCGACAUUGACAUCAGCGACAAGGAGGAAAGAGAAUUUCCAUUUCAAGCCUUUUUCUCUCGCUUUCACCACAUAUUAUCUAACAUUGAACAUACAACAAAUUCAAUCUCAAAUGCUCACACCACUAUGGCGAAAAUUGAGAGACUUACGGAGCAUGAUGUGCAAAGCACCACCAAUUAUAUUGGCAACAAUCUGAGGGACUUGGCGAAUAACGUGGAAUUAAAUGCAAGGAUACCAGAUGAAAUGAAAAUUUUGAUACAAGACAUUGUUUCGGACGUUCUCCAGCGUUUGCAGCGCUUGAAGAAAGGGAAAGGACCUUCAAUUGAGAAUCUCGUCUCUAAUGUUCGCGAAAAUUUGCGUGACUUGGCGCAAAAACUCGAACCAUUUUAUGGACGCUUUGUGCCGCAUACUGACACCGAACUUAAGAUGAUAGAUCGGGGCACAAAAUCGUCCCAUGCGAAAUCACCUUUUCCAAACGGUGGCAAGCACAGCAGUGGUCACAUUAUUUACGAUACAGACGACGAUGUGAUAAUGAUGGACAAUGAACAUAUCGACAGAUAUAGGUUACGUGAUCUUGUGCAUUCCGAAAAACGAAGUGCGGAAGACGACAGCGAGCUACUUUUGUUGAUUCAGAAAUUCCAAAGAUCACAGUAUACAAAUGAUAGGAUCUGGGGUGACGUAGCGUUGAUCCGCAUGCUUCAAAACCCGACUUCAGGUAAAUUGGCCCGCGAGCAAUGGGUCAAAGACCAAGUUACUGUUUCCCAAGCCCAUAACUUUUUACGCAAAUACUCGAAAAAGGGAGUCAGCUUCUUCGAGAAUGAAUUGGGAAGCUUGUGGCUAUCGUACGUUGGAUAUUGUUGGGAGCAUGGGCACAGCGAGUUUUCUCCUAUCGACUUUUCCAACAAUUCGAAUUGGCGGAAAUAA